UGAGAGCACUGACGUGUUCAUGUCAGUGUUCGCAGUGCCUCGUCAGAGCUGCUCUUUAUCGCUGCUCAUCUUCUGCUGCUGCUGGACAUGUCAAAUAUAUAUGAUAGACAUUACGAGGUUCUUCUCCGGUGGCUGCCCUCAACAGCCGACGAGGCGACGGUUUAAGCGGAAAAGGAAAGAAUCCGAAGGUCUGUAUUCAAGCCCGCGCUGCAGACAAUGGACGGAGGAUGCGCGGUGUCGUUGCGGAAAUGUUUUAGGAGCAGGUGACUUCAAUGACAAACCAAGACCAAAGAUGAGGAAGACGAUUGAUAAUGGCUUCAUUGCUGAAGUUGCUGUACGGCUGCUGCUUUUGGGUCUUUUUCUUGUGACAGAGGAGCUUCCACCAUUCGGCCGUGAGAUCCAGCCGGAGGAGCUCUGGCUCUAUAAGUUUCACCCUGUUAAAAAGGACCGUGUUCCUACACGCCUCAUGUUUGCUAUCGCCCUAUUCACGCCACUGCUGGUUAUUUUCUUAUUUGCCUUCUUGAAACAAGGUGGAAAGGGAGAUUUGAAAGAGGCGUCUCUGGCUGUGACUUUGACCCUGGUGUUAAAUGGAGUUUUCACUAAUGCAAUCAAGCUCGCCGUGGGAAGGCCUCGACCUGAUUUCUUCUACCGUUGUUUUCCGGAUGGCCAGAUGAACCCAGAGCUUCAUUGUAGCGGAGACCCGGAUGUAGUGAUGGAAGGCAGGAAGAGCUUUCCAAGUGGACACUCAUCCUCCGUUUUUUUAUUCUUGUCACAGUUUGCGUUUGCAGGUCUGGGCUUUACGGCUCUAUAUGUAGCAGGGAAGCUGCACUGUUUCAGCACAGCAGGCCAAGGUAAAGCCUGGAGGUUGUGUGCCUUCCUCACCCCGCUCCUCUUCGCCAUCAUGAUCGCCCUCUCCAGAACAUGUGACUACAAGCAUCACUGGCAAGAUGUGCUAGUGGGCUCUCUCCUUGGCUUGGUCUUCUCCUACUUAUGUUACCGUCAGCAUUACCCAGCUCUCAAUAAACCAGACUGCCACAGACCGCUCCGAAUGAGAGAAACGCCACUUCCAGCAGCAGAACGCAAGCAGGCAAACCCAGGCUACCUCUUACCUUUGUACCCAUCUUCUCAUGGCUAG